GAAGGCAGUAGAAGAGCUUCUUAAAGAGGCAAAACGUGGGAGAACUAGAGCUGAAACAAUGGGAGCUAUGGGUUGGUUGAAAUGCCCUCUUGCUGCUACAAACAAAAGAUUUCUCAUUAAUACUAUUAAGAACACAUUACCCACCCAAAAAGAACCAGACCAAGAAUGUGAGCAUAAGGAAGCUGAUAAAGAACCCGAGCCAAGCAAAAGCAGGAAGGAAGAAAAACCAAAGAAACACAUAAUUCAUCCCUACAAACCCAGCUUUCAGGCUAGAAGAAGAGGCAGCUAUUCUCCUUCCAGCCAUCGACACACGCACCGGCACACAAAGGAGAAGUACGAAAAGCGAUCGAGCAAACGAUAAGAAAGGUGAAUACAUUCUGUUACAAGCUAAAAAUAUCAUUAAUCUUUGGGCUGUGAAGAUGCGUCAGUCCUCAAAAAGAAGACAUUGUUCAACAUAGAUUUCCUAACUGGCAGUUGCUUUUGUGAGAUAUAACCUGAGAGUAGUUUUAUAAGACUCUCUUUGGGAACGUUAAGAGAAAGUAAAGAACAACAUUUGACUAGUGUAAAACUACUUCCCUCCCCC